CGAGCGGCCGAGCGGGCGGCUUCCCGGCCUGAGCGCUCCGGGGGCGGCGGAGGUGCGCGAGGAGCCAUGGUUAUCAUGUCGGAGUUCAGCGCAGACCCCGCGGGCCAGGGCCAGCAGAAGCCCCUCCGGGUGGGUUUCUACGACAUCGAGCGGACCCUCGGCAAAGGCAACUUCGCCGUGGUGAAGCUGGCGCGGCAUCGAGUCACCAAAACGCAGGUUGCAAUAAAAAUAAUUGAUAAAACACGAUUAGAUUCAAGCAACUUGGAGAAAAUCUAUCGUGAGGUUCAGCUAAUGAAGCUUCUGAACCACCCACACAUCAUAAAGCUUUACCAGGUUAUGGAAACAAAGGACAUGCUUUACAUCGUUACUGAAUUUGCUAAAAACGGAGAAAUGUUUGAUUAUCUGACUUCCAACGGGCACCUGAGUGAGAACGAGGCGCGGAAGAAGUUCUGGCAGAUCCUGUCGGCCGUGGAGUACUGUCACGACCACCACAUCGUCCACCGGGACCUCAAGACCGAGAACCUGCUGCUGGAUGGCAACAUGGACAUCAAGCUGGCAGAUUUUGGAUUUGGGAAUUUCUACAAGUCAGGAGAGCCUCUCUCCACAUGGUGUGGGAGCCCCCCGUAUGCCGCCCCGGAAGUCUUUGAGGGAAAGGAAUAUGAAGGCCCCCAGCUGGACAUCUGGAGCCUGGGCGUGGUGCUGUAUGUUCUGGUCUGCGGUUCUCUCCCCUUCGACGGACCCAACCUGCCGACGCUGAGACAGCGGGUGCUGGAGGGCCGCUUCCGCAUCCCCUUCUUCAUGUCUCAAGACUGUGAGAGCCUGAUCCGCCGCAUGCUGGUGGUGGACCCCGCCAGGCGCAUCACCAUCGCCCAGAUCCGGCAGCAUCGGUGGAUGCGGGCCGAGCCCUGCCUGCCGGAGCCCUGCCUGCCGGGGCCCUGCCUGCCGGGGCCCGCCUGCCCCACCUUCUCCGCACACAGCUACAGCUCCAACCUUGGCGACUACGAUGAGCAGGCGCUGGGCAUCAUGCAGACUCUGGGCGUCGACCGGCAGAGGACGGUGGAGUCACUGCAAAACAGCAGCUAUAACCACUUCGCUGCCAUUUAUUACCUCCUCCUCGAGCGGCUCAAGGAGUAUCGGAAUGCCCAGUGCGCCCGCCCUGGGCCUGCCAGGCAGCCACGGCCUCGGAGCUCAGACCUCAGCGGCUUGGAGGUGCCUCAGGAAGGUCUUUCCACCGACCCUUUCCGACCCGCCCUGCUGUGCCCACAGCCGCAGGCCUUGGUGCAGUCCGUCCUGCAGGCCGAGAUGGACUGUGAGCUCCAGAGCUCGCUGCAGUGGCCCCUGUUCUUCCCGGUGGAUGCUGGCUGCAGCGGAGUGUUCCGGCCCCGGCCCCUGUCCCCCAGCAGCCUGCUGGACACGGCCAUCAGUGAGGAGGCCAGGCAGGGGCCCGGCCUCGAGGAGGAGCAGGAUGCUCAGGAGUCCCUGCCUGGCAGCACGGGUCGGAGGCACACCCUGGCCGAGGUCUCCACCCGCCUGUCCCCACUCACCGCUCCAUGCAUAGUCGUCUCCCCGUCCUCCACAGCGAGCCCUGCAGAGGGAACCAGCUCGGACAGUUGUCUGACCUUCUCCGCGAGCAGAGGCCCUGCGGAGCUCAGUGGCACCCCGGCCACUCAGGGGCUGCUGGGCCCCGGCUCCCCGGUCAGGUUGGCCUCGCCCUUUCUGGGGUCGCAGUCUGCCACCCCGGCGCUGCAGGCCCAGGGGGGCUUGGGAGGAGCUGUCCUGCUUCCUGUCAGCUUCCAAGAGGGACGGAGGGCGUCGGACACCUCACUGACUCAGGGGCUGAAGGCCUUUCGGCAGCAACUGAGGAAGACCACGCGGACUAAAGGGUUUCUCGGGCUGAACAAAAUCAAGGGGCUCGCCCGCCAGGUGUGCCAGGCCCCCGCCAGCCGCACCAGCAGGGGUGGCCUGAGCCCCUUCCACACACCUGCACAGAGUCCGGGCCUGCACAGCAGUGCGGCCGGCAGCCGGGAGGGCCGGAGCCUGCUGGAGGAGGUGCUGGAGCAGCAGAGGCUGCUCCAGUUACAGCACCACCCGGCCGCCACGCCCAGCUGCUCACAGGCCCCCCAGCCGACCUCCACCCCAUUUGUGAUAGCCCCCUGUGAUGGCCCUGGGGCCACGCUGCUCCCCAGCACCCUCUUCAUGUCGGGGCUCCCGCUGCUGCCACCCCCACUCCUGCAGGCCGGCGUCUCCCCCGUGGCCUCGGCCGCGCAGCUCCUGGACACACAGCUGCAUAUUGGCGCCAGCCCCACCGCCCUCCCCGCUGCGCUCUCGCCACGCCCGGCCAGGCUGGCCCCAGGCUGUGAGCCCCUGGGGCUGCUGCAGGGGGACUUCGAGAUGGAGGACCUGAGCCCCUGCCCCCUGGGGACCUUCGUCCUGGUGCAGUGAGGGCGGCCCCGCGUCCUGGCUCGGACACUGACUCUUCCAAGCAAUAACUUCAGAGUAGGUGAAGACAUCUGGACUCAAAGCCAAGAACUUUCUAGAAGCAAAACAAGCAAUACGUUAGGUGUUUUGGCUUUUUAGUUUAUUUUUGUUUAAUUUUUUUCUUGCACUGAGUGACCUCAACUCUGAGUAGGGACUGGAAACUUUAAGAAGAAAGAUAAUUGAGUGGUGUGUCUUGGGGGCGGGGGCAGGAGGGGAGCAGGGUGGAGGAGGACAUGUGCAGCUCCAUGGUGUGGGGAUCAGCCCCUCUGCAGCUUCGUCGUGGUUGAGAUGAUUACGUCGGACAUCCACGGAAACAAGCGGGCGCGUUGUCUGUCGUCCACGUCUGUGUGUGUGUGCCCGCGUGUGUGUGUGCACAUGUGGGCAUUGAUUACUAUCCAUUUCUUUAGUUAACACUCACCACUUCCUGAUCCAUGCUUUAAUGAAAACUGUGAACUUUCGGCUUCAUGUAUCCGUUUUAAAGCAGCUCUACGUGGUCAGCCCAGGCAAAGAUCAGCUACACGUUCUUGGAAUUCUCUCCCCUGAAAUCAAAACCUGGAAGACACUUUUUUCCUUAUUUUAGGUGAGUUUUAUAAACUGCUCAAGAGUUAGUUUUCCAGGGCUUUGGAGGAACUGCAGGAAGAACCUCAAAGACGGCAGAGGUGAUGUCAAAGUGCUGGGGGCUCCGUCCUAAGGGUCACUUGGCCCCCAGUCCCCGGGGCGGAAGCCCAGAAGCUUCUUCCUGCUGCACCUCGAGUUCGGCUGCUGAAGACCUUCAUGCAUUUCAUGGUGGGGUCCCCAAGAACACCUGACUUGGGUCAGGCUGUGCAGUAGCAGGGGCUGACUGCAGGCCAGGCAGCUAGGAGACACUCGGGGCUCAGGGCCGCCUGCCUGGGCCAGGACCCUCCCGAGAAAUCGCCCGGUCCCUGCGUGGGCUCUUUGGCUUUUGUUCAAGGAAGGUAAAGAGACGUUUAGGUCAGUGUUUUUAAGUUUUUGUUUCUUUUUUUUUUAAAGCAGACCCUGUGCAUGCAUCUGCACGGGUGACAGGUAGACACUACUUCGUGGUUAGGUUUUGUGCACUUUGUGUUUAGGUUUCCGCUUCCCUCACUCAUGGUAAGAAGCGUCCCUGUCAGCACGAGGCGUGCAUUGAGGAAGGGGCCCCAGGGCCUUCCUCCCUCAGUGCUGGGGUGGAGGCGGCAAGAAGGGGCGGCCCUCACCUGGCAGGUUGGGGCACACCACUGGCAGGUGGACUCCGAGAGGCUCCAUCAGCCAGAAGCCUCUGGAAGGCAACAAAGGAAAUGCUGCUCCCACUCGCCCUGAACCCAGCCCAGGUGCCUUCAGCUGCUUCGGCUUCUUACACCCUGCAGUGUUAAACAGAGGCGUUGGGAAAGGGGAAAGGCGGGUAUUUUUAAAAGCCAAAGAUUGACCCAGUUACUUGAGGGUAGGGAGGCGGGCCGGUUCGAGAGGCGGUCCCUGGGCUGCCAGCGCCCACCGAGGGCUGCGCCUGUGCCGUGCCGGGGGGAGCUGGCCGCCCCCGUUCCUGCUGCUACUGCUGCUCUGGCGGGGCGAGGGGCUGUCUGGAGGGCAGACCUGGGGCCUCGCCGCCGAGAAAACACCAAAGUCUCCUUUUGCUCAUAGAGAAAUUUUUGGGGUGGGAGAGCAUCCAGACCAUCGUGGGGCAGCCAGGCCCUUGCCUUCAUUUUUACAGAGGUAGCACAAUUGAUUCCAACACAAAACCCCUCCCCUUUUCAAAACGAUUUCUGUUCUAAUGCCACAGAUCAAAGGCCUCAGACACCAUGUGUGUUUCCUCUUCGAAGCAAUGACAAGCACUUUACUUUCGUAGUGGUUUUGUUUUUCCUUACUGCUGUAGAACCUCUUUUGGAGGACGUUAAAGGCGUGUUUUUCUUGUUUUUUUAAGAGUGUGUGAUGUGUGUUUUGUAGAUUUCUUGACAGUGCUGUAUACAGACGGCAAUGCAGUAGCCUAUUUAAAGACACUACGUGAUCUGAUUGAGAUGUACAUAGUUUUUUUUACCAUAACUGAAUUAUUUUACCUCUUACGUUAACAUGAGAAAUGUAUGCCAAAUAAUUAGUUGAUGUAUGUUUUUUAAUUUAAUAUUUAAAUAAAAUAUUUGGAAGGAAAA